AUGACGUCCGAACUAAGCCCAGAGAUAUGGGAUCAUAUUCUCAGUCUAUGUCGAGAGAAAGACGAUGGAGGGUUGUUUGUCUCUCAGAACACGUUGGCAACUUGUUUGAGGGUUAGCAAGACAUGGUACCUUCUCGCCUCUCCUUACCUGUACUCCUCGCCCAUCAUCAAAGACAUCCACAACUUCUUCGUCGGUUCCGAUAAACCCCUCUCUUCCACCCUCGUCGGAUCCCUAGCUUCCUCAAAAGUCUCAUCUCAUGACCUCUACCUCAAAAGUAUAGAAGAGGGCAAUACCAAAUUACCCUUAAUGCAUCAAAUACAACAACUCCGUAUCUACCCCAAUUCUCUUCCUGAAGAGUGUGACGACGAGAAGUUAGAUCAAGCCAUCACCAUACAACGCGAAUUAUACACUCAAGCUAAUGAGAUAUUAUCAAAUUGUCAAGGUAUAAUAACUCCUCGACUUAGAUCGAUUUCGUGCGAUUCCUACUUGAUACCAACGGGAAAAAGGGAAAGGGAAAUUAGCGAUAUGCUAUUCAGAUCAAUUAGAAAUAUAAAACUUAACCUUCUCACACACCUAAGACCUCAAAAUUGGUGCGAAUUCGAUUCACCUACCAUGUCAUUAUCUGACGAUGUACUGAAAAUGGCCAAGGGAGGUGUAUUACCCCAGGUGGUAGACUGUCAUACGACAUUGGAAGACCCGCCUGUCAUCCAAUGGGGAACUAAAAAUAGAUUGACGGUAAGGGAGAAAGAGGAUGUUAGGAAGUAUCUUUGGCCAUUUGUAAAGAAUUACGAGAGUACCAAUACAAAUAGCACUGCCACAAGGGAAAGAAACAAAGUAGGGAAUGGAAAUGGACACGAUAAUAUCGAUUGGCCCGUGGAUUCCGUUUCAGAGUUAGACCAAGAAGUAUGGAUAGAAUGUAUAUACGAAUUAAUCGAAUGUUCUAUGCCACUCGAACCUGAAGAUCGAAAUGACAGUGGACUCAAACAAAGUGAAAGUGAUAAUGAAAUUGAUGGUAACACCAUGUUAGAAGUAUACGGAAUAGAGAAAUUCUUAACUAUCUCACAGUCUGUUGAAGGUGUUGGUGAGAAUUUACCUUUUAUCGACGAAUCUACUGUGAUUCAACCGAAGAUUCCUUCCGACGAGAUCGAUAUGGAUUGUCUAGCCAGUAUAAAACGAUCUAGAUUCACUACAGAGGAGUUAUCAAGGAGACAAUCGAUUUAUCGAUCCAUAUUCCUUAAGAUGGAAGAACGAAUUCGAGAAUGUUUAGAAAUUAACGAACAAGGUCAAUGGAUAGAUAACGGAAAGAAAGCUCCCACCAUCAAGUUUUACUUAGCAAGUGAUUAUCCAGGAUGUAGUUCGUGUGGACAAGGGAAAGGAGAUAAGUGGGAAUUGGAUACUAGACCUAGACCACCACCGAGGGACGAUGAUUCAGAUUGGACGGACGACGAUCAUGAUGAAGAUGAUGAGGAUGAUUGGGGUGAUGAUGAUGGAAAUGAUUUUGACGUGGAUGAUUUUAUAGAAUAUGAGGAUGAUGAUAUAUACGAUGGUGGUGGAGGGGAUUAUGAACCGGAUGGAGAUGAUGAUGAUUGGCAAGACGAAGAGUACGAUGAGAAUGGGGUUCAGUAUUUGAGUGAGGAAGAUGCGGUGUAUCAGUUUAUAGGUGGUAUAUGA